AUGAAGAAUUCUUACAUCAUCUUAAUGAAGCUGCUAUUGUCUGGACCCUUUCUCUUCGCUCCGACCUCAAGCUACAACCUGGAUGUGCUUCAUGUACAGAACUUCUCCUUCCAAGAUGCUGGGAGGCAUUUUGGGUACCGCGUCCUGCAGGUUGGAAACGGGGUUGUCGUAGGAGCUCCAGGUGAGGGGAGCAGCAUGGGGAACCUUUAUCAGUGCCAGUCAGACACUGGGCACUGCCUACCAGUCAGCCUGAGUGGUUUCAACUAUACUUCCAAAUACUUGGGAAUGACCUUGACAACUGACCUCACAAGUGGAAACCUUUUGGCCUGUGACCCUGGGCUGUCUCGGGUAUGUGACCAGAAUAUGUAUCUAAGUGGCCAGUGUUACCUCUUCCACCAGAAUUUGGAGAGCCCAGUGCUGCAAGGACGCCCUGGUUAUCAGGAAUGUAUAAAGGGCAAUGUAGACCUGGUCUUUCUGUUUGAUGGUUCAAUGAGCAUGCAGCAAGAUGAAUUUCAGAAAAUUGUGGACUUCAUGAAGGAAGUGAUGAAGAAACUCAGCAACUCUUCCUACCAGUUUGCUGCGGUUCAGUUUUCCACAACCUACAAAACGGAAUUUAGUUUCUUGGAUUAUGCUCAGCGAAAAGACCCCGACAUCCUGUUAGCCAACGUAAACCAUAUGCGCCAGUUGACCAACACCUUUGGUGCUAUCAAAUAUGUCAUGACAGAGGUGUUCCGGCAAGACCUGGGGGCCCGGCCAGAUGCCACUAAAGUGCUCAUCAUCAUCACAGAUGGGGAAGCCACUGACCAUGGCAACAUUGACAUGGCCAAAGAUGUCAUCCGCUACAUCAUUGGGAUUGGGAAGCAUUUUAAGACAAAGGAAAAUCAGGAAUCACUCCAUAAAUUUGCCUCAAAUCCUGUGGAGGAGUUUGUAAAGAUUCUGGACACAUUUGAGAAGCUUAAAAAUCUAUUCAAUGAGCUGCAAAAGAAGAUCUAUGUCAUUGAGGGCACAAGCAAACAGGACCUGACGUCCUUCAACAUGGAGCUAUCCUCCAGCGGAAUCAGUGCUGACCUCAGCUGGGGUCAUGGAGUCGUGGGAGCAGUUGGAGCCAAGGACUGGGCUGGGGGCUUUCUAAACCUGAAAGAAGACCUGUGGGGUGACACAUUUGUUGGGAAUCAACCACUGACACAGGAAGCAAGAGCAGGAUACUUGGGUUACUCCGUGACCUGGCUGCUCUCCCAGAGACACACAUUGCUGCUGGCAGCUGGAGCACCUCGGUAUCAACAUGUGGGGCGGGUGCUGCUGUUUCAGGAACCAAAGGACAGAGGAAACUGGACCCAGGUCCAGAAAAUAGAUGGGACCCAGAUUGGCUCUUAUUUUGGUGGAGAGUUGUGUGGUGUUGACAUGGACCAAGAUGGGGAGACAGAACUGCUGCUGAUUGGAGCCCCCCUGUUCUAUGGGGACCAGAGAGGAGGCCAGGUGUUUGUCUACCACAGAAAACAGCUGGAGUUCGAAGUGGUCUCAGAACUGCAGGGGGAUCCUGGCUAUCCCCUUGGGCGUUUCGGAGCAGCCAUCACUGCCCUGACAGACAUCAAUGGGGAUAAACUGAUGGACGUCGCUGUGGGAGCCCCACUGGAGGAUGAGGGGGUUCUGUAUAUCUUCAAUGGACGGCCUGAUGGGCUCAACCCCAGGCCGAGCCAGCGAAUAAAGGGAGCCCAAGUGUCCUCAGGAAUUCGGUGGUUUGGACGGUCCAUCCACGGAGUGAAGGACCUUGGAGGAGACGGUCUGGCAGAUGUGGCUGUGGGAGCUGAGGGUGGAGUGUUUGUACUGAGCUCCCGGCCUGUGGUAGAUGUCAUCACUUCGAUGAUCUUCUUUCCGGCUGAGAUUCCAGUCCACGAAGUAGAGUGCUCCUACUCAACCACUAACAGAAAGAAGGAAGGGGUGAACAUCACCAUUUGUUUCCAGGUCAAGUCUCUCCUUCCCCAGUUCCGAGGAAGCCUGGUUGCCAAUCUCACCUACACCCUGCAGCUGGAUGGCCACAGGACCAGAAGCCGAGGACUGUUCCCAGGAGGGAGACGUGAGCUUAGUGGAAACACAGCUGUCAGCCCCACCAAGUCCUGCUUUGCUUUCUGGUUUCAUUUCCCGGUAUGUAUUCAAGACCUCAUCUCUCCCAUCAAUGUCUCUCUAAAUUUCUCUCUUUGGGAAGAAGAAGAGACACCAAGGGGCCACAAGACGAGCAAGGACAUACAGCCCAUCCUGAGACCCUCCCCACAUUCUGAGACUAAGGAGGUCCCUUUUGAGAAGAACUGCGGUGAGGACAAGAAGUGUGAGGCAAACCUGGAGCUGUCUUUCUCUCAAACAAGGUCUGUGAUCCUGCGACUGACCCCCUCAGCCAGCUUCUCUGUGGAGCUAACACUGAGGAACAAUGAAGAAGAUGCCUACUGGGUCCAUCUGGGCCUGAGCUACCCCCGGGGACUCUCCUUCCGCAAAGUGGAGAUGCUCAAGCCCCACAGCCAGAUGCCUGUGAGCUGUGAGGAGCGUCCUGGGGAGUCCGCGCUUCAUACCAGUAUCCUCUCUUGCAAUGUGAGCUCUCCCAUCUUUAAGGCCGGCAGCUUGGUUGUUGUCAAGGUGAUGUUUCACACGCUGCUGAACAGCUCCUGGGGGGACUUUGUUAAGCUGCAUGCCAACGUGAGCUGUGAAAACGAGGACUCAGGCUUCCUGAAGGACAACACGGACACCACCAGAAUCUCAGUCUUGUACCCCAUCAAUAUUCUCAUUGAGGACCAGGAAAACUCCACACGCUACAUCAGUUUCACCCCCAAGGGUCCCAAGAUUCAGCAUGUCAAGCACAUCUAUAAGGUGAGGAUUCAGCCUUCUAUCCACAACCAUGACAUGCCCACCCUGGAGGCCUUGGUUGGGGUGCCACAGUCUCACAGCAAGGGUCCCAUCACGUACAGCUGGAGUGUGCAGACGGAGCCUCCUGUCAUGUGUCAUCAUGAGGUUCUGAAGAGGCUGCCCAGUGCCGCUGCUGAGCCCUGCCUCCCUGGAACCGAGUUCCACUGCCCGGGUAUCUUCAAACAGGAGACCCUCAUCCAAGUAACUGGAGAGUUCAAGCUCGUGGGAGAGAUUGAGGCCCCCUCCAUGUUCAGCCUCUGCACCUCCCUCUCCAUCUCCUUCAACAGCAGCAAACACUUCCACCUCUACGGCAGCAAUGCUUCCCUGGCCCAGGUCAUCAUGAAGGUUGAUGUUGUGUAUGAGAAGAACAUGCUCUAUCUCUAUGUGCUGAGUGGCAUCGGCGGACUCCUGUUGCUGCUGAUGAUUUUCAUAGUGCUCCACAAGAUUGGCUUCUUCAAACGGAAACUGAAGGAGAAAAUGGAAGCUGACACAAGUGCCCCAAAUGGAAUUCCUGAAGAAGGUUCUGAGAAGCCAGCAUCUCUGGAGGAGGCCAUGGACCCUGGCUGCCUGGAGCCCCUCCACAAGGAGGAGGCCCCGGAUGGAGAGACAAAGACUGAGGUCCAGGCCUGA